UUCGCCAUUGGUCCGCUUGGCAUCUGUCAAACUGCUGUACUUCCGUGUUUGGUUAGGGUGGAUCUUGCGGGCCGCUUGGCAGUGCGAUGUGCCCCUGGCAGCGAUGAGCAGGUGUUCGACCGGUGUUUGUAGCUGUUCGGCUGUGUCCGUGCCCUGCUGAAUCCGGGGAUAGGUGGCCGUGUGUCUGCAAGGAAGGGGACCCUGGGAAAGCAUCAGCUUAUUUAUCUUUUUAUCACCCACAAAGAAUGGCUUUUCGGAAUGUGGUCAAGGGAACCCUGUUCCUCGGAGGAGGUGCUGUGGCUACAGUUUUCGGGCUUUCCCAUUUAACAGACAAGAGGAAGGCAAGCAUAACUUCUGUGGAAGCCGCAGAAGCCAUUAAAUCGUUCGCCCAAAAUGAGCUGCCCUCAAGGGAAGCCCAGCUACUAACACUACAGAAAACUAAAGAAUUUGAUGUGUUGGUCAUUGGCGGAGGAGCCACUGGGUGUGGAUGUGCAUUGGAUGCAGUCUCUAGAGGCCUAAAGACUGCCAUUGUGGAAAGAGAUGAUUUCUCCUCUGGGACAAGCAGUAGAAGCACUAAACUGAUACAUGGCGGUGUCCGAUAUUUGCAAAAAGCCAUAAUGAACCUUGAUAUUGAACAGUAUAAACUUGUUAAAGAAGCUCUUUAUGAGCGUGCCAAUCUUCUGGAAAUUGCACCUCAUUUGUCUGCACCAUUACCUAUUAUGCUGCCUGUUUACAAAUGGUGGCAGUUGCCUUACUACUGGAUUGGAAUUAAAGCUUAUGAUCUUGUGGCCGGAAGCCAGUGCCUGAGGAGCAGCUACAUCUUGAGCAAGUCUAAAGCCUUGGAGCUCUUCCCCAUGCUGCAGAAAGAUAAACUAGUUGGGGCAAUUGUCUAUUAUGAUGGACAACACAACGACGCACGGAUGAACCUUGCCAUCGCCCUCACUGCUGCCAGGUAUGGUGCUGCCACAGCCAAUUACACUGAAGUGGUACGCUUGCUGAGGAGGACAGAUCCAGAAAGCGGCAAGGAGCGCGUCUGUGGCGCACGGUGCAGAGAUGUUUUAACAGGGCAAGAAUUUGAUGUCAGAGCAAAAUGUGUCAUCAAUGCAACAGGACCUUUCACGGACUCUGUGCGCAAAAUGGAUAAUCAGGAGGUCAAAAACAUCUGUCAGCCUAGUGCUGGUGUUCAUAUUGUGAUGCCCGGAUAUUACAGCCCAGACAACAUGGGACUGCUUGAUCCAGCCACUAGUGAUGGGCGGGUGAUUUUCUUUCUGCCAUGGGAGAAGAUGACUAUUGCCGGAACGACUGACACCCCAACAGAAGUCACACACCAUCCCAUUCCAACAGAGGAAGAUAUUAAUUUCAUAUUAACAGAAGUGCGAAACUACCUUAGCAGCGAUGUGGAAGUUCGAAGAGGAGAUGUUCUUGCAGCCUGGAGCGGCAUUCGACCUUUGGUCACAAAUCCCAAUUCCAAAGACACCCAGUCAAUAUCCCGCAAUCAUGUUGUUGAUGUUGGUGAGAGUGGUCUUGUCACAAUAGCAGGUGGGAAAUGGACCACAUAUCGCUCAAUGGCAGAAGACACGUUGGAUGCAGCAAUAAUAGCACACAAUUUGAAAGCAGAUCCAUGUAGAACUGUGGGGCUUUUCCUUGAAGGGGGGCGUGAUUGGUCCCCCACCCUUUAUAUCCGUCUUGUUCAAGAUUAUGGGCUUGAAAGUGAGGUGGCUCAGCAUCUUGCGGCUACCUAUGGAGACCAGGCCUUCGAGGUGGCCAAACUGGCCAAAGUCACAGGAAAAAGAUGGCCGAUUGUUGGAAAGCGUCUAGUGUCGGAAUUCCCAUACAUUGAAGCAGAGGUUAAGUACGCACUAAGAGAAUACGCCUGUACAGCAGUCGAUGUCAUUUCCCGCCGUACUCGCCUAGCAUUUCUCAAUGUCCAGGCUGCUGAAGAAGCCUUACCGCGAAUAGUAGAUAUCAUGGCCAAAGAGCUUAACUGGAAGGAGCAAAAGAAAAAGGAAGAAUUGGAAACAGCAAAGAAAUUCCUGUACUAUGAAAUGGGAUACAAAUCUCGUUCUGAACAGUUAACAGACCGAUCUGAAAUUAAUCUGUCACCUUCUGAUGUAGACAGGUAUACAAAGAGAUUUCAUAAGUUUGAUAAAGACAAGAAGGGAUUUAUCACCAUACUGGAUGUUCAGCGUGUUCUAGAGAAUAUUCACGUUCAGAUGGACGCCAACAAUCUACACGAGAUCCUGAAUGAAGUUGAUCUCAAUAAGAACGGGCAAGUGGAGCUCAAUGAGUUCUUGCAGCUUAUGAGUGCGAUUCAGAAAGGCUUCGUGUCAAGCAGCCGCCUGGCAAUUCUCAUGAAGAGUGCAGAAGAGAACAUGGAUCAAAGAGAACCUAUUCCUGUGCAUCGCAGCGGUGGCGGAGUGUGAGUCUUAUGGAAUUUGGAAGCUUGUUGCUGCUUCUGUAUGCUGGAGAACAUUCCAAAGCUGCUUUUUUUCUGUGAACACAUGCAGAUUUGGCACCCAGUGUGACAUUACAAAUAUUUAUAUUUUUUUAAGUUGUUUUUUUUUUCAUGUAAACAUUUAUACUCUGAGGUCUUUUGGUGUUUUCUAUAUACAGUAACUAAUUCAGGGUCUUAACAUUUCAUCUUGAUUUUUGGUUUAUUUUAUAUAUUUUAUGAAUGCAAUUUCUUAAUGUAAAGGAAUAUUUAAAGUUCAAUGGGGAAAAGCUGGUAUUUUAACACUUAAAGCUGUGUACAUGUUUUCAGUAAGAAACAAUUUUACUUGACUCAAGGCUUGCUCACUUGUGCCAAGACCCAAGAAGAUAAUGUAGGACAGAUUAAAGCCACUAUUCAGGAACAAGCACAUAUUUUGCUUAUAUCUGAAUAUGGGGAAUGUUUCAUGUUGUAGCUGCUACAAAAAAUAGGCAGAUCUCAAAUUUUUAAUGACAAAUCUGCUUUUGCUCUAAUCUCCCUGAAUAACUGUGUGUUAUUCAUACAACCAGUUCCAUGAAUUCUACCCCAAAAUUAGCAUUUAUGUUAAGCUUUGGUAUAAUAACUAUUUCAGCAUCUUGAAGGCCAAUUUACUAAAAUUGGAAAUUUUGUUUUUUUUUAAAAUCUGAAACAAAUAUGAAUCAAAUGUGGUUAUUUCUUGGAAAAACUCAAAAAAGCUGUGCAGAAAUACACAAUCACACUGAAAAUCGAAUUCUUUAAAUUAUUUUUAAUGAUUCUGCACGUUUUUUUAAGUAAAAAUAUGGAAAAUAUACUUAGCAAAAACUUAUCAUUGACUUAUACAGAAGCUUACCAACUUUGAGCUACCAAUUUUUUUUUGUUUGAGUUUUCCAGAUUUUUUUAGCUGGUAAAUCUCAAAAAUAUCAAGAAAAAUUCAGAACAAUUGUAACUAGAUUUUUUUUCACCUUAGAAAACUCAAAUUGUAGAAAAAUUGGAACAAGAAUUUUAGUAAAUCAUCCUCAAGUCCUUGUAUUAGCAAAAACAAUAAAGCUAUGCUUUUUUGGGUAGAAAUUACCAGUGCCUUUAUUAACAUUGGUGAUGUUCACUAAUUGCUAAAAAUGUGGUGCCAAAUUCACAUUUUGCUUAAUUUAAAGUGCCGAUUCACCAUUGGGUCCUACAGGAUUCCCAAGCUUCCAGACUUUGAUAGAAUUGAUCCAAUUGGCCACUUGAUUUUGAUAAAUAUGAAAUAAAAUCAAUGGUCCAUCUAAGCCUUUGGGGGUUUGUUAUCCUAGAGUAGCCAAAAGAACUUGUUGAAUCCAUAGAAGGUUAUGGGCAAUGAUAAAAUAGAUUUUUUCAAGUGGAUCGGAUCAUGUUUAUCAGUCUUUGCAGAAGUAAAUCCCAGGGAUCAUUACAUCAACCUGAACUGAUAAUGAUCCAUAAGGAUUAUUAAUAUCUCUGACCCUGGGUCUUUGCUAUUUAAAUAAUUAAGUGCUAUUUCCAGCCACUUACUGACAUUGAACACUACUGUGAAUGCACAUGUCUUAAGUUAUCUGACACCAGUAAUUACCCUCAGGUUGGCAUGAAUGGUAUUAUUCCAUAGCCAAUAACCAGAAAGACCACUGAUGUUUGCAACUACAGACCAGACUUCUGGUUAGAACAAAGCUUUUACAUUAUAUACCUACAUAGAUUUAUCUAGGAAAGUUGAAGCCACUGAAUGUCUUUAUAAUACACAAAAGCUAUGAACAUCUUGUAAAUGAUAUCCUUAUAAACGGUGAGUUCUGAUGUCAUCAGUUAUAAACGGUGAGUUCUGAUGUCAUUUCUGUCACAUGACUCACUGAAACUUGUGUAUUAUAAUAAAUAAAGUACCCCCAGUUGUAAAAUAUGAGGAUAUUAGAAUUUACCUCGGAGUUCCAUGACCUGUAUAAAAGCACUCAGCCUUUUUUAUAUGGUCAUGAAACUCCUCGGUAACUUAUAAUAUCCUUAUAUUUUACAAGAGGGGGUACUUUAUUCACUAUAUAAACUACAACCCAAUAGGCCCACAAAAUGGCACAAUUUGCAUUUUGGAUGUCAGUAUUAUACUAUAUUGACAAGGGAAACUAUAGUUAUACUUUAAAGGGAUAAUGACAGUCUUUAAUAUAUAUUUGUAAUCCCCACAACCUGAUAUCCUGGAGAUUGUAUGUUUCAUGCCUGGUGAAGCACUUAGACUAGUGCGUUAGGCUAUAUGUCAUGUCCUAAGAAAAUAGAUCAAACUAUUUACAACUACUGCUUCACUUUUAUAACAGGCUCACACACAUUUCUCCUAAUUUAGCUGACAGCCAAUGUUUACACUGGUAUGGCCCCCCCCUAUAUAUAAUAUAUAAUCAGGCACCCCCAGUGAUAUGGGGUCAUGUUAGUGGCAAUCACAAAGGCACAAUCAUCAACGAGAGCGAGUAACAUCAUAUAGAAGCUGUGAGUAUUGAGGACAGGAAUAUCUUAAUUCAUCACUUGCUACAGUAUUUUCUUUCUAAAGAAAAAGAGUGUUUUGUGGCCUUUUGAUAUUUUUUAGAGGCUACUAGUAUUAAGUAAAAAUGAUAAGUACGCACAAAACCCAGACGUUAUUUUUUCACAUCAGAGCUUUUGAAGCCUCUUAAUUUUUCAAACUCGUCUCUGAGCUUAAAUGCCUCUAAAAAGGUUGCCUUUUGUAAGCAGGUGUACUCACAUCUGUGUGCCAAAUGCCAUGUAUCAGAUCAUUUGUGCAAGCUCUGCUUCCGUACAGCAUGAUGAAUGCGAAUAUCCCUGUGGUUCCUCGUCACGUGCAGUUGUUCUGUGCUUCUUUUGCUGUUGAGAUAAUCAGUUAUUUGGGGGACAAAAUGGCAAUGUUAUGUUUUUCACUGAAAUGGAACUGCUGACAUCUUCGAGACAAAUAUUUCUCCAUAUAGUAUAAGAGCAUGACAUAUUAUACUGAAAUUAAAGUGCUGUACUUUAUACAAUCACAAAGUAAUGUGUACAGUGCUGGAGUAUAUAUGACCUUGUUGCUUUAACUAUACUUGCAGUAAGUAACUGCUUAUAAUUGACACAUGUGAGCAGUUAGCAUUGAAGAAUCAUCAUUAUUUGGUCUGAUUUGGGUUCAAUUAGCCAAAGGAACCUAGUGACAAAUGAAGUGUUUUAUCUGUAAUCAGUCCAGAAGGCCAUUGAUAUUAUGGCUCACAAGCCAUCAGCCAUAUUUUCUUUGCUAUUUAGCAUUGGGGAGCACUCAGUUGGCCAUUAGGCUUUCUCUACUAAAAAUCCAUUAUACAUAUAAACAGGCCAAAUAAACUUGUAGGUAAGUCACUCCAAUAUUGUACGUACCCACCAAAUGAGUUUGAUGCUUUUCUUUUGUCUUGAUUCAUGCACUGAUUUCUUUUCUGUAGCCAUGCACUGCUAUCCGAAGUAAAUGUACGCUCUGAUGUUAUUGACUGCAUGAACUGUAUGUACUUUUGAAUUUUCAAUGAACUGUUUUGUACUGUUCUUAGUGAGUGAAAUGUGGGACUUUUACAUGACGAAUGACAACUCCCAGUGAUUUUUCUACACCAGGGUCCAUAAUGCAUGCAAUCCAGCACAAACUGCCUUUUGAGUCAGUAGCAGGUAACGCCGGAUAAUUCAUUCUCUUUUUCCAAGAAUGGACCUAAGUGAAUAGCCUUGGUGUAAUAAAUUUUGAAACUGCACGAUUGGUAUUUUUAUUGCCAUAAUUUAUUGCGUUUUCAUAUGAAAAUUAAUUGUAUGAAUUUAUACAUGUUUGAGAGGCUCUAUUAAUGUGCCUUUUUUUAAAAUUGACUAUGCAUGAAUCAAUAAAGGUAUUGAAACACUGA